AUGUUUACGCUUUUUGUACUUCGGUUGAAGUUCACCAUAACGAAGAUCUACCUAAUACAAUAUGCGACACUUGCUAUGAACUUCUUACGAAACUCUUUACUUUUAAACAAACUACCAACUGAUGAAGAUUCACAAUUUGAGAAUUUACUCAAUGACUAUGAGAAUGAAAGUAAUGAUAUUAAGUCUGAACUGAUUGAAACAGAGAUUUGCAUCAAUGAUGAUAUAAAGAAUAGCAAAAACACUGAAGUUUUUGUCAAGGAGGAAUUACCAAGUGGCAAUAGAGCUAAAAAGAAAACUAUUACAAAUAGGUUAAAAAAGGUAUCACCACCCAAACAACUUUUGGUCAAAUCAAUUGCUAGAAUAAAUUUAUCUACAUCAAAGAAGCCACAAAUUUUCUCAUGUAAACUCUGCAAGAAAAUAUUCAGUUACCCAGAGCGAUAUGAGGCACAUAAAUUAGAACAUGAGGGUAAAAAGGUGUCGAUCGGCUGCGCGGCUUGCGACAAGACGUUCGCCACGUGGAGCGGCCUGAGGCGGCACAAUGAGAGCGAGCACACCCGCGUCAGCCUGGACAGCCUCAAGUGCCGCUCAUGCGGGAAGACCUCGAAGAAUCGACACACUCUGCGGAUGCACGAGAAGACCCACGGCCAGCGCAGCCCGUGCAUAUGCGACGUGUGCGGCAGGAGGUUCGUCUCCGCCGCCGUGUUGAAGGCACAUUUGGGAACGCACGAAGAGAACAGAGAGAGAAGGCACGAGUGCGAGCAGUGCGGCAAGAAGUUCUAUUCGAAAGCUGUGCUGCUCUCCCACAUAUCGAAACGGCACAGCGGGAAGAAGUUCAUAUGUCAAAUAUGCGCAUUCCCUUUCACGGAAAAGAGCAAUCUAGUCAGGCAUGUGCUUUUACACGAAGGCAAGAAGACGUUUAAAUGCGACCUCUGCGAGAAAUCGUAUGCGACGAGCUCCUCCCUGGUGGAGCACAAGAGGACUCAUUCGGGCGAAAGGCCUUUCGCUUGCUCCUACUGUCCGAAGAGUUUCUCCGCCAAGAAGAGGCUGGACGACCAUCACAGGAUCCACACUGGUGAGAAGCCACACAGGUGCGGUGUCUGCGGCCAGGGCUUCACUCAGCGGGGCACCCUCAAGCGGCAUCUGAAGGUGCACGAUAAAUUCCCAUCCGCCCUAGCU